UACAGAAUGACUCAGAAUGAAUUAAACGGAGAACGAUCAGCUGUCGUCCAAGAUUACUGCUUUUGAUCAGCUUCAGUGUGUGACAUAUUUUUAAAAAAGACUAAAAAAAUUGAGCUAAUGAAAUAUAAAAGAAAAUUGUUGUCAUGUACAUAAUAGAAAUUUGAUAACAACUAUAGAAGAAACCGGUGAAGAAAAAUAAGAUAAAAAACUUUGGAUUCAUCGUUUUAUCUGUAUAAGUUGUUUCAUUUUAUUUCGACAUAACUUUUGUCUUCUUUUUGAUCUUUAAAAUAUCUGUGUUAUUCUUUAAUUUUGACUGCCGUACAACGAGAAAAGUGUAGUACUGCAGAAACAGGUGACAAUAGAAAACUUCGCCAUGUUAGAUUUUACAAAAUCAUUUGUUAAACGUUGAUUUUGGAAUUAAGUUCCAUUUCUGGAGUUUUGGAUUGUAUAAUUACCGGUUUGAAUAACUGGAGUCAACCGGCAGAUAGUUUACAAUUGAAAAUCAUCCAAGCUGGAUAGGUUACCCGAGUAUCUCCGCGAUACCGUGGACUGGUUUAUGGGAAAAGCCCGACGGAAGGAGAAAGAUGCCGGAACUACUGAAGAUCCCAAACUCUAUCUGGAAGAAGCAGCCCUUGAGCGACAGCUCCCAGAGGUGGACCUCAGAAUGCUGGUGGAUCUACCACCAGGUUUGGACUACAACGAAUGGCUUGCUUCCCACACAUUGGCACUAUUCGAUCAUAUAAACCUCAUUUAUGGAACUAUCUCAGAAUUUUGUACCCCUACUGGUUGUCCUGAUAUGACUGGACCUGGAUUGAGAACUUAUCUGUGGUUUGAUGAAAAAGGGAAAAAAACUAGGGUGGCUGCGCCACAAUAUGUAGAUUAUGUAAUGACAUUCACUCAACGUACGGUCAGUGAUGAAACGAUAUUUCCUACAAAAUAUGCAAAUGAAUUUCCUAGCUCAUUCGAGUCAAUAGUACGAAAAAUCCUGCGGCUACUGUACCAUGUAGUGGCACAUAUUUAUCACUGCCACUUCAGAGAGGUGGCACUUUUGGGGUUGCAUGCUCACCUCAAUUGUGUUUUUGCUCACCUCACCCUUCUUAAUCAACGUUUUAACCUUAUUGACCCUAAAGAGACGGAAAUCCUUGACGAUUUGGAAGCCGCUCUUCUGGGUAAUGGUGAUUCAACAUCCGCAUCUUCUCAGAGCACGAUAAUUCAAGACCCUCCAAUUGCAGCCACUUAAAAACAAAAAAUCGUUAUAAAGUUUUCGUACAAACCUGCAAUGUCAAACUUAAGAAAAUCUUCACGUGGAUUGUUUAUUGUUGAUAAUUUUAUUACUAUUAUAAUUAUCAAUAUUUAUAAUUUUUUUUUUGUAAGAAUUAACGUGUAAAUUAUUCUAGUUACCAUCGUGUCAAAGCUGUCCGAAAUAUCAUAAUAUUUCGUGCAGAUCAACGAAAAAUAUUGUCAGAAUCUAUUUAUGAAUAAACAAAAAUACGUUAAAAAUUGAUGAAAAAAAAAUCGACACAAUAAAUGUAUAAAUAAAAUAUUUAGUAAACAUGAUUAUGCAAAAGAUAAACAAGAAAAACUAUAAAAAUAAAAAAUCUAUUGAAAUGAUGGCUAAGGAAGAAAAAAGUAGUACCUGUACAUAGUUGACGCAAGUGUGGAAAAAAAUAAUUAUUGUAAAUUAGUUUUCUUCAUUUGUUGUUUGUGAGAUUGUAAAUAAUUUAUUAAAUCGUGAUAAAAUAAGUGCUAAAAAGUAAGAAAAAAAAAGUGAGAAAAUCAUGAAUAAAUAAAAUUAAAUUUAAAACAAUAAAAAUAAAGACGUCAAAAAUUUUAAAGAGUGGUUAAUUAUUGGUUACUUUUGAAGAUAAAUCGCUAUCAAAAAUAUACUAUAGAGAGAAAAACUGUAAACAAGAUGAAAUAUUAAAAUUUAGAACUAAUUAAAGUAAAUAUAUUAUACCUGGCGUUAUUGAAAUGUUGCUGAAAA